AUGGCCACAAGAGGCAAAUUUGCUAGGGUCUGUAUUGAAGUUGAUCUUCGUAAGCCUUUAUGCCCUCGAUUUAUACUCGGUAAGAACUGCUAUAAUAUAGAGUACGAAUCCAUCCACUCUUUUUGUUUUCAUUGCGGCAGAGUUGACCAUCGAAAAGAACUCUGCAAGCACUCAGCAGCACAUUCAAAAGCCCAGGAAACCCAACGGACCAACACACCGUCGGAAGGGCAUCCAGUCGGCGUUGCCGGAAGCAAGGACCUUUCCCCAACGGUCGUUUUGUCAGACAACGGCAACCUGCUCCAGCCGAAGGUAGACGAUGGAACCUAUGGGCCUUGGAUGAUGGUCACAAAAAAAAAUAGACGGCCCACUAUCAUUAAAAAGACCCAAACCAAUGGACCAAGCCCCAGUAACAACCGAUUUUCAGGAUUGGAUACCCCAACUGAGCAAGAGGAACAAAGUAGAGGAAGGAAGACCACCUGUAUGGGAGUAGAAAAGGAUCCACAUGACUCCAAUCAUGAACCAUCUUCUGCUAUAGCUCAAGCCCAAAACUUACAAAAACACAUUACCACUACGGGUGUAAACUCCAACAAUCCUAUUGGACAAGCCAACCCAAUGCUUCCCAAUAGACCUGCAACACAGGUAACUCCACAAUAUAUCCCUAACCAAGCUUCAGACAUUAUCCAGCUGCUAGAAAAGGACAAAAUAUCCCAAGAAACCAAUAACACCUUGACACGCACACCACCCUCUGCAAACCUUAGCCUCUUGGGAAACACCACUAAACCCACUAUUAGCUCAAAGGAGGAGAUGUUAGUAGACGCCCCAACCACACACACUACCAACUCUCUUAGCCCAGAACUAGUAUACUCAGGCGGAGAUGGAGCAACAAGAAAUCCUAAACCUCCAGAUCCCGGUAUCAUCCAUGGUGCCAGAAGAGAGACCACUGCUAGAAGUAAUAACCCACAAGAUGGAGAACCAACCGAUAGGACUAUUGUUAGAACAAGGGAACGAAGCAAUUCACCGCGUCGAUAUAACCUGGUGGAUAGAGCAGAUAAGGCUGAGAAUCGAACCAAGCUGGAGCUCCAGACAAGGGCUUCCGUUUCACUCGCUCCAGAUGGCAUCCAUGAGAUCAAUUGA